AUGAGACGUGCAUUGGUUUUCUCAGGUCAGGGUUCUCACCGCCAAGGGAUGUCAAUGGAAUACGUACGAAUUCCUGCGGUAGCCUCUCUAUGGGAGCGUAUAAAGGGACGAAUGGAACAGAACUAUGGUAUUUCACUGCAAGAGGUUAUAACAGAAAAUCCUCAGAGAAUACACGUAUAUAGUGAUGCACUCGAUGUGAAGAAAAUUCUUCAACAAAGUUGUUUUGAGGAACGAAACUCUGCUGAGUCUAUGGAACGAAAAAAGUUGAUCUCACACCCACAUGGAGUGAUGUCUUUAACAUACUUGACCCAACCAUGUAUGUUGGCGGCACAAAUGAUGGCUUUGGAAUAUUUAAAAGUGACACGUGGUUACUCUGUAGAAUCUGCUGCUGUUAUUGCUGGUCAUAGUCUUGGAGAAUUUUCAGCUCUCUGUGCUAUUGGGGUAUUUUCACCAGAAGUUGCUGUUGAUCUUGUUUAUAAACGAGGUGUAUUGAUGGAGGAUGCACUUGAACAGUUUUCUAUGAAUCGUGAAAACUACGUGAUGUAUGCUUGUCAUCCUGGUAAGGCAAAACUUGAUGAUGAAGAUUUGGAUAUUGCGGUAGAUAAAUUUCAUGUUUUGGUAGAACUUGUUGCUCAAUCUUUAUCUACUACUACUUCUUUUGUAGAAGUUGUUAAUUACAAUAUUGAUCAUGAACAAUAUGUAGUGGCAGGAGAUCGAGUUGGAAUGGCAGCUCUUGGAAAAUGUUUGGAUCCACAAUUUCGUGCUAGUAUGUGUGGUCCAUCUGCCAGUUUAGAUCAUAUUGCCCGUACCGCUGUCUCAUCUGUACGGCAAGAUAAAGAGGAAGGAGUAACAAUGAAUCCCAAUAAAGGACCAUUACCAGAUUUUGUAACUUCUUCAGUUCGUAAAUAUGGUGUGCGAUCAACAUUUCGUCGCUUUUUACGGGGACCAGAUGAUGGAUAUACACCAUCACUUGAUGAACUAACACAUUUAACACUUCAAGAUGAUGGACGAAGUGGAUUAAAGAAAAAAUCAUGGUUUAUUCCUCUCUCUGUAAAUGUACCGUUUCACAGUAGUCGACUCCGUAGGGCAAUGGAUCUUUUUCUUCCCGUUGUUCACAGUGCAUUGCCAGAAGAAUCUACACUGCGUUCUUUGCUUGGUGUAAGUAAGGAUAUAAGUAAUGAGACUAGUACUUCAUCAUCAUCAUCAUCAUCUUUGUCUUUGGUAAAAGGAGGAAAACCUGUAUGGCUAACAAAUCUUACAGGUAAUGCUUUUCAACCAUUUGAUACUGUUUUUCAGAAGGACUCAUUGGAGAUGAUGCAUUCUAUGAAUGUUGGUGAAGUUCGUCACCAUGGUCGUUAUCAAACAGAUCUUGUGGAGAAAACGUUUAAGAAAGGUGUAGAAGAAGGUAGCGUGCGUGAUAUGUGUGCUGCUGUUCUAGCUGCUCAGCUAGCGCAUCCAGUGCAGUGGAUUGAUUUAAUGGAUGUUGCAGUCAUUCAUAAUGGUAUUCGUGAAGUCCAUGAAAUUGCACCCGUAAGAACAACAGCUGAUAUGUUUAAGCGAACAGUAUUUCAUGAUGAUUCUGCGAAAGGUGCUUCUGGUGCUGCAUUAGAAAUUGUGACACGCUGUCUUCCCUCAGAGGAGCGUUUUUUGUAA